CAUCUAUCUCGUCUCUCGGGCCAUGCCUCCAAAGCACACGUCGCAUGGAUUGCAUCCGAUAUGCAUCCGAUAUGCGGGGUAAACCGCACUAGAAGCGGGACGGAAAAUAGUUCCGGAACAAAGGUUACAGUUAGCACAGCUAGAAAUGAACUCUUCGAUUGCGCAAUCUUCGCGGCUACGACCUCUUAAUGCAGCAAGCUUCUGCCUCUGAGCCUAUAGUCCUAGAUUCAAUGAAUUCAAUGAACACCGCUAAUACAGAGAGAUUAAAUGCAAGGCCAUCAAAAUCUCCCUUUGAUGUGGCUCGGCCGAGGAAGCUAAGACGGGUUACAAGAGCAUGCGAUUUUUGCCACAGACGGAGCACCCGAUGUAAACAGAGUCAAGACGAUAGCCGAUGUCAAAACUGUCUAGAUUUUGAUAUUGCGUGUACCUUUGAGAGACCGGCGAGGAAGCGAGGAAGUAAGCGGCAAGGACAGGCGCAAGUGGACGAAGAUGGGUCUCCAUCCGGAGAACAUGCAAAUCUACUCCUACAGAUGAUGAACAGUCAGGUUCAUGAUGAUGAAGCGUACUCCCACGACGAAAGGAAUAAGAGAACUGCGGAGGCGUUGAUUACAUUUCCAUUAGCGACAGAGUACAGAGACAUGGUGUUAGACAACCCUGAUAUAAUUCAAGAUCUCGUCAGUGUCUACUUCGAGGUGGUUUAUCCAAUAUUUCCUUUCUUUCAUCGUCCAACUUUUCUCCAAAAGAUUACCAUGAGAAGGUACCUUUCUGAUCGAGGACUGUUCGCUGUUGUUAUGGCUAUUUGUGCUCUUGCAUCUGCUCGGGCUCGAGAUGGAGCACUUCUUCCAGGUCAAUGGGAGCCGUCCCAUUUCCGCCAUCCCUCUUCAGAGUCCUUCUACUCAGCUGCGCGAGAUGUCACUCCGCAUCUCAAUCUCAGUGCGAUGGAAGGCAUUAAUUGGAUGCGGAUGUGUGCCCUGCUAUCACUUCUCGGGAUUCAAAAUGGAAAUAUUAAUGUUAUGCAUCAGUAUCUUGGUCUUUAUCAUACUUUGGCAGCUAUAGAUGGCUUGCACGACGAGAAAAACUGGCCAAAAGAUAUUAGCAUUAUUGAGAUUGAGGAGAGAAGAAGACUGUUUUGGUCAAUGUACACAUUAGAGGUCUAUUCUUCCCUUGUCUGGGUUGGAAUUACCCGCUGCCGACAAUCGCAAUGUCGGGUGUUUUAUCCUAGUGAAGUGGAUGACGAACGCUUUUCUGACGAGGAUUUUUCAAACUUAUUACCACAAAGAUCUCCGCAUCAAGGAGUUGAAGUAAGGCCAGGGCCGGCCAUUGACACCUCCUCUUGGCUUCAUGGUUGGAACUUCACGACAGAUCUUUACGUAGUCCUUGAACAUGCCAUGGACGGCUUUCAUCGCCGCCGACCACGAACAAUAGCACAUUUCUCGCCCAAUAAUAUGUUCAAUAGGGUCGCGCCAUCGCAAUCUACGGUUUUGGAUAAAGUCAUGUGGAUGCACCAGCAAUUACCAGACAGAUUCAAGGAAAUACAGUCUGUGACAUCUGACACAGGAGAAGAUAGGCUGAGCUUCCAGGCGGCGAAUAUCGCUGCAACACUGCAACUCGUUAGAAUGGUGUUGUUUACAGCAGAAGAAGCAACUGUAGACCAAAAGUGUGCCAUUGCCCGCGAACUGCUUGAUGGAUUCGCCCAAGUGCCAGUGUUCUUCCUAAGAGCAAUUUCGUCACCAUUACUUUAUCAUUUAGCAGGUAUCGGCUCCAUCUUGGGUUCCGUCAUGGAAGGCCCACUUUCAAAAUCUUCCUAUUUGCAGGCUAGGACCGUAUUACUUUCGAUGGCCGACCUCCUGGCCAGCCUCGAGAUAGGCAUGACGCGAACCUCUGGCGCAACGCAGCGUCUCCGGUCACAAGUAACCCGGAUCGACGAGUAUAUGGCAGCACAGCAGCAACAAAAUUUCGCACAAUCCCCAUCAGCACUCCCGUCAUGUGUUCCGAGCAUGCCGCAUUCAAAUCUACGUGAACAUGUCGAUAUGUUUCAAGAGGAGCAACAACAAUCUCGCAGAGGAGUUCAGCAAGUAGGAUACGAAUUUCCUUCAAAUUCCCAAGGCACAGGACAUUUGGGGAAUAGGCAGGACUACGUGCAGAUUCAAAUGCCGACGGAGACAUAUAAUUUCAAGGGCAUGCCUAGUGGAAUCGAUGGUCUAGAUGAGACUGGUCAGCAGUUACAGUUUCAACUGCCGCCAGGGUUAUUGGAUGAUUGGCCGUGGCUUUUUGAUAUGGCGUAAGGAUGUAAGUAUGUAAGAGUAGUGUAGGUCACCUGCGAUCUAUCAUAUAGAGUUUGUUUAUUUACGCAUGGAGCAGGUAUGAAAGGGGGCUUAGGUAUUGACCGUGAUGGUAUAAUCUAUCAUAUAUUGUUCUAUUAGUUUUGAUAGCCUUGCCAUAACCGCCUUGCACAGCAGACACGCGCGUUACCGGGAUUUUUCUUCUGCUCUCAGUCUGUUAUUGUUAUUCCUUAUCACGGAUGAACCCGCUGACCCUGAUAAUCCUCAACACUAUGAUUCUCUAG